UUCAAUGGCUCUUUAUUAGAGAUUUUGUAGAACCCAAAAAAAAAAAGUUCCAAUCUUUGUUUAUUUAUUCAAAAUUUCUUUUGGGUUUCUCUCCAAUCAAAAAAUUCCAUUUCGUUUCUCUUUGAUUUUCCUUACAAAAUCCCCAAAUCCAAUCCCUUCUUCUUCCUCCGAUCAAUCGCCGGCGAAGUUCAUCCUCCUCCGAUUACGUCCACCGGCCGCCGACGGGUUUCAAUGGAAACCCAUCUGAAUCCUCUCCCUCUCUUCUUUUCAAUCUUCUUGUCGAUCUAUCUGGUCGCGUAUUUCCUCAUCUUCCGUAAUUGGAGCCCUAAGAUCCGGCCGGAAGCUUCCAGCUGCGCAAUCUCCUUCGCCCACGGCACGCCCGCCGUGUUCUUAGCCUCCGGCGCCAUUCUCGCCGACGCCGCCCGCGGUUUCGCUUCCGCCAACACCGAUCUCCAGAACUCCGUCCUCGAUUACAGCAUCGCUUACUUUCUCAUGGAUCUGUUGCACUACCUCAUCUUCUUCCCCGGAGAUUUGCUCUUCAUCGCUCAUCAUUUGGUCACUCUCUUCGUCUUCGUCACUUGCCGCUACGUCGUCUCCCAUGGCGCCUACGCGAUUCUCGUCCUUCUCAUUCUCGCCGAGGUCACCAGCUUUUGCCAGAACACCUGGACUCUCGCCAGAGCCCGGAGAGGCGACGCCGAGUUCGCCGCUAGGGUUUACAAUAUUCUGUCUCCUCCUUUUUAUGUGCUGUAUUCGAUUGUCAGGGGAUUUGUUGGGCCCUAUUUCCUCUACAAGAUGGGAGAGUUCUACGCCAAUGGCGGAGCUGAGAGCGUGAUCCCUAAAUGGGUUUGGAUGUCUUGGAUUUUUGUUGUUGCGACUGCCAUUUCUGUUAGCAUUUUGUGGAUUUCAAAUUUAUGGGUUGAGUUGUUCAGAGAAAGAAGCAGCAGUGAGUUGGAGAAGAAGAAGACGAGGUAGGAAGCAAAAUUGUGGUUUUGUUUUACCUUCUCUUAUUGUAGUUAGAUUCAGUUAUCAUUCACAGAAGGAAGAAGAGGAAGAGGAAGAAGAAGAAGAAGAAGAAGAAGAAGAAGAAGAAGAGGUAGGAAGCAAUUGGGUUUCACCUUCUCUUUAUUGUAGUUGGAUUCAAUUAUCAUUCACAUGGGGAAAACGGGUAUCAAAAUUUCUCACUUUUUCUUGGUCUGCAACAAUGGAGAAGAGGAGUUUUGUGGUCAGUAAUGUUUGUUGUUUCAAACCCUCAUCUGGAAAUAAGAUGCUCUAUAUUCUUCUUCUUCAAUGAGUAAUUUAUUGUUCUUCUCCAUGUAGCUCUUUUAUUAUAUAUACAUAUAUUGUGAAUUCUUGUGUUA